CGCCGCAGGUGCGGAUGAGCGGGUGUCACCUGCCCGGUGACCAGAACCUGCCCUCCCACCGAGCGGCGCCGGGUGAGGGGAAACCCGAGGGGAUUCUUUGGAGAUGAGCGUCCUGGGCGGCGGCUGAUGAAGAAAGACACAGGAGUCCUGAAACCCCUGAGCUGAAAGGGGCCAGAAAGGGGUCAGCAUGGGCUCAGAGCUGCCUCCGUCUUGGCUGCUACUCUUCACCUGGCUCCCAGCAGGGUGCUUGUCCUUGCUGGUGACGGUCCAACACACAGAGCGUUAUGUCACUCUGUUUGCCUCUGUCGUCCUCAAAUGUGACUAUACAACCUCUGCCCAGCUCCAGGAUGUGGUGGUGACAUGGCGCUUCAAGUCCUUCUGCAAGGACCCCAUCUUUGACUACUUCUCUGCCUCAUACCAAGCAGCUUUAUCCCUGGGCCAGGACCCCUCCAAUGACUGCAAUGAUAAUCAGAGGGAAGUUCGCAUCGUGGCCCAGAGACGUGGACAGAAUGAGCCAGUGCUGGGGGUGGAUUAUAGGCAGCGCAAGAUUACCAUCCAAAACCGAGCUGAUCUUGUGAUUAACGAAGUGAUGUGGUGGGAUCAUGGAGUGUAUUAUUGCACCAUUGAGGCCCCAGGGGACACAUCAGGAGACCCUGAUAAGGAGGUGAAGCUCAUCGUCCUUCACUGGCUGACAGUGAUCUUCAUCAUUCUGGGAGCACUGGUCCUCUUCAUGCUGAUUGGAGUGUGCUGGUGCCAGUGCUGUCCUCAGUAUUGCUGCUGCUACAUCCGUUGUCCCUGCUGUCCUACCCGUUGCUGCUGUCCUGAGGAAGCCCUGGCCCGCCACCGCUACAUGAAGCAGGCUCAGGUCCUAGGUCCUCAGAUGUUGGAAAAACCCCUGUACUGGGGGGCGGACAGGAGCUCCCAGGUUUCAUCUUAUGCAAUGAACCCGCUGCUGCAGCGAGAUUUGUCCUUACGGUCCAGCCUCCCACAGAUGCCAAUGACCCAGACCACCACUCACCCUCCUAUCACCAAUGGUGUCCUGGAAUAUUUGGAAAAAGAGCUGCGGAACCUCAACCCAGCCCAACCUCUGCCCACUAACCUCAAAGCCAGGUCUGGCCAUCCCUGCAGCAUGCUGUCCUCCCUGGGUUCUGAGGUUGUGGAACGCAGGAUCAUCCACCUGCCCCCACUGAUCAGAGACCCAUCCUCCUUGGGGAGGACCAGCGAUUCUUCACAUCAGCUGUGGCACACCCCAAUUUCCUCCAGACCCUGGGAUCUGAGGGAGGGGAGAAGGCAGCACCAUUACUCUGAUUUCCACCAGGAGCUCCAGGACUGGGGUCCAAAACCCUGGGCACUGGGGAGAAGAGAGCUGGACCACCCAGGGAGUGGAAGGCGCCACCAUUCCAGGCGGAAUGGGUCACCCACGCCGCCCUGGUCAGACAGGGACAGCCUGAGCGAUGGCUUCUCAUCCAGUGAAGUCCGCUGGCAGCCCAGCCACCCGCCUCCCAGGAGCCACUGGGAGAGGCCAAGCAGGCGCAGGCCCCGGGAGAGUGUCCCUAGACGCGGGAGACGCAGGGCCAGCAGCUGCUCCCCGCCACCGCCCUCUGGACUCAGCUCUGGGAGCUCAGAGGAGGAGAAGGAGAGGCCGCCCCGCAGCUGGGGAAGCCGCCGCCACCGCUCGCAGUCCCCGAAUUGGCCAGAGGAGAAGCCACCCAGCUACCGCUCGCUGGAUGUCACUGCAGGCAAGAAUGGCAGGAAAAAAGGGAGUGUGGAGAGGCGCUCGGAGAAAGACAGCUCCCAUAGUGGAAGGAGUGUGAUCAUUUAAUCCCCAGGCACGGCACCACUUCUGUGGCUCCAUCUCUGCUCCUGUGUGUCAUCAGUAUCACCCAGGUUCCCAGCUGACUUGGGGGCAGGGGACACUGCAAGUCUGCCACCAACAGCUUUGGCUUAGAUUCUGAGAAUCAAAUAGAGGAAUUUUAAAAACAAGAGUUUGAGGAAUCGAUGACUAGUUUUAGCCUUGGUCUAUGCUCUCUGCAUAAUUUGUACCGUCUUUGAUCCGUAGCGGACCCUAGCUGGUUCCCUCGGGAACAUAGUAGCCUGAGUCUUCAAGUAGGUUACAGUGCUAAGGACCGGGGCCAUUCUCAAACUGAGAUCUCAGGAAUCUUUAAGAAGAGAUUAAAAGUGCUUUAGGAACAGGAAAUCCAGAGUAAUGGGGGAGAAAUUCCCAUGGGAACUUGUCUCCCUCUAUUGUAGAUCUUGGAUAUCUUGGAUAUUGUAGACCUUCCAUGUUUGGAGUCUGGCUUCCUGCUCCCAUCUCCACUCCUGAGGACUCCUGAAUUUCCACUCCAAAAUAGUCCAGAGAUUCUAUAGCUGUGAGUCCUUUCUCAGGCAGUUUAUUGACAUGUAGAAAAAUCACAAGGAGCAGUUUUGCACAAACCUUAUUCCUGUCUUCUUUUCUUGCUCAUUCCCCCUCUACAUCUAAUUUAUAUUUUCUUAUAUAUUAUGUAUCCAUUAAAAUCACUUUAAGUGUUUCUUUGUAACCACACAGUCUAAAUAAAUAAGUAAAGUGUACUGGGCUGAGGAUUCUGCCUCUUAUAAAUAUCUGCUUUUAUACUUUGGUAUCCUUAAUUACAGUAGCUCAUUCUUCUCCCUGAAUCUAAUGGAGUCAUGGAUAACCUCAGGCAAGGGGACCCGUUGGGAGUCCUGCCAAACAACCAUGGGAUGCCCUCUCCUUCCCUCCUGGACCAGAGACUCCUUUUCUCCUGAGGUGAGAUUCUAAAGUGAGUCUGAGGAGCCAAUAAGAGAGGCCCAGGUAAAGAAGAUGACUCAAUCAGGGAAGCUGAACUGUUUCCUGAGGCCCAAGGCUCUUCUUCCUUGCCCAGAGACAGUAGGGCCGACUGGUAGAACCAGGAAAAGAAACCUGUCACAGCUAGCAACCUGGUCCUAGAAGCUGUUUUGUGGAACCAAGACUCUCCUCCCUGGCCCAGAGAAAGCCAGGUAGCAAGAUUCUCCCACAUUCCUACCUCUCCUACAGAUAUCUGAGACCCUGUCAGGGGGUAUUCCUCCUUUCACAGAGCACCAGCAGAGACUAGUGGGGCCCACGCAGCACCAAAUGAACCAACCAAGCCAAAAUAACAUUACAAGGGCUUUGGAAAUUGAACUUCCAUUGGACAGUAGGCAAAGACCUGGAAGCAAACAAAAACAGAAUGAUUCCCUAUAAAACAAAAUAAUAAAUAGGACCCAGAGUCACCUAACAUAACAGACAAAAUGUUUAGAAUAUACAUCAAGAAUCAAGAAAUCAACUUCAUUGAAAAUGGAAAUCAACAGAUGCUGCCACUUGAUCAAUCAGAUGUUAGAAUUAUCUGAUGAGAAUUUUAAAAGAAACAUAAUUACUGUGCAGAUCAACUACAAAUUCUCUUGAAACAAAUGAAAAAAAAAAUUAAAAAUCUCAAAAAAAUUAAUAAAAAGUGGAAAUUAUAGAACUGAAGAAUACAACAACAAAUUCAAAACUUGCAAGGUGGGCUCAUCAGCAGAGAUGACAGAGGAUAGAAUCCAUGAGCUUGAGGGCUGAGCAAGAGAGGCAAAAUAGACUGGGUUCUGUGGACAAUAACAAAUACACAACAUUCAUGUCACUAGAGUCCCAGAAAGUAAAGAGAAAGAGGGUGGGGGUGAUUGAAUAUUUGAAGAAAUAAUAGCUGAAAACUUCCCAAAUUUGACGGAAGUCUCCAACAUAGGGAUCCAAAAAGCCAAGUCAAUCCCAAACAAGACACACCCAAAGAAAUCCAUGCCAACACAUGUCAUAAUUAAACUUUGAAAAAUAAAGUCAAAACUUCAUUUAAGCAGCCAAAAAGAAAUAAUGUACUACAUGCAGAGGAAUACUAGAGGAUUUUUCAACUGAACAACAAAAAAAGGAAAUGUUCAAAUAUUUCUUAAGUGCUGGAUGAAAAAACGUCCGUCAACCUACAAUUCUAUUGCUGAUGAAACUACCUUUCAUGGGUGAAGGAAAGAUAAAAACAUUCACAGAUGAGUGAAAAACAAAAGAUUUUGUGACUAGGAGACCUAUCCUUAAAAUGCUGUUGAAUAGGAGUUCUUCCAACAGGAAACGGUAAAAGAAGAAAACUUGGAAGAAGAAACAACAAAAAGAGCAGAAAUAUGGGUUCAUACAAUCUCUUUUAGGAGUUUGAUGAUUGAAACAAACUUCAAUGUUGUCUGAUAUUCAAAACAAUGAUAUUUAAGGAUGAGAAAGUCAAAGGGUCUUAAAUGGAAUUGAGCUUCCAUAUUUCAUUUAAAAUAGCAAAUAUUGAUACUUAUACAAUUUUAAAAAUAACGUGUAACACCCAGGGCAACCAGUGUGACUUUUUGUGUGAAGAAGCAAACCCAAAACUACUAUAAAUAAAUCAAAAUGGAAUCUUAAAGAAUAUUUUCAAAUAAACUGCAAAAAGAUAAGAAAGAGAAAAAGAUUAAUUAGAACCAGUGAAAACAGAAAAUAAAUAAUAGAAUAGCAGAUUAAAAUGCUAGCAUAACAAUGAUUACCUUGGAUGCAAAUGUUCUAAAUAUACCAAUCAAAAGAUGAAGAUAGGGAGAGUGAACUAAAAAUAACCUACAUGUAUUAAUCUCCUACUACAUAUGAGAAACUCCAAACACAGAUAAACUGAAAAUAAAAAGUAAAAAAAGAUAUACCAUGUACACAUUAAUCAGAAAAAGAAAGAGAACGGUAGUAGCAAUAACAAAGAUUUCAAAGCAAAGAAAAUUACCAGAGACAACAUGGGAUAUUAUAUAACAAUAAAACGAUCAAUCCACCCAGGAAGCACAACAUACUAAAAGCUAAGCCACAGAUAAAGCUAAAACUGAUAAAACUGAAGUGAAAAUUAGAAUAACCUACAAAUACCAUUAAAAACUUCAACACCACCCCAGAUCCCAUCCCCAGUAACUGAUAGAGUUAUGAGGCAGAAAAUCACAAAAACAUGGGAAAUCUAAACAGUGCAGUCAAUCAAGAGGAUCUAAUUAACAUAUCAAAUAUACGACCCACAUCAACAGAAUACAUUUUUCUCAUUUGCCCAUUGAACACUGACCAAAUAUACAUAAACAAACAAAGUAUACUCUAAAACAAAACUUGAU